AUGCCGCGCGCCCAAACCCCCACAAAGUCCAGCUCAUCGCUAUCUUCACAGUCAUCGACACAGCAGAAAGGCAGACGCCAGAAUCAACAGCAAUCCAGCACCCUUCCUAGCUUACUAACGGCCGAGGAGUUCAAAGAGGUUACGUGGCCGGCAUUUCUGGCCAUAAAUCCUGAGCAACCACGAGAGGAGGGGGAGGAGGAGGAGGGCGCAAUCUCCUCCUGGGAAUUAAUCCACCAGGGUUACAUCCUUACAAAGGCACAAGCAAAGGAGGCAAAGCAAGAGAGAGAUACCAAAGAGGAGGUUUCUCGUUAUAGCCCAGAACAACCAUGA